UUCAAAUGUUUAAAAUCAGCGGAGUUUGGAUCGUAAAGGAAUAAACCUCGGUCAACUCAUUGUUGGAAAAUAUACACGUGGACAAUCUCUCCCGAUCUGAAAGAAAAGGGUGUGUGAGUGUAGUAGAGAGGCUGACUGCUGACUGAGGAACUGAUCUGAGACACCAUGGUGGAUCCGGUGGACAGCGCGCUGGCGGCCCAGAGGCUGGGGGCCCCAGAGAGUUUUGGGGUGUCUACCCUGGAACCAGGCCAGCGGCCCCGAACCACGCCCCCAGGACGACAGGUCUCUAUCCGGGUACAGCUGCUGGACGACGUCACGGAGGUCUUCCACGUAUCACAACGUGCCCCGGCCAAGGCUCUGUUUGACCUGGUGUGUGUCCAUCUGAACCUGUCUGAAGGAGACUACUUUGGGCUACAGUACCAGAACCCCAGGAGGAUGAUGGUGUGGUUAGACCUGCUGAAGCCCACCCUGAAACAGAUCAAACGCCCUAAGAACACCAUCCUUCGGUUUGUGGUGAAGUUCUUCCCUCCUGACCACACACAGCUGCUGGAGGAGCUGACACGGUACCUGUUUGCUCUCCAGAUAAAGCAUGAUCUGGCGUGUGGACGUCUGACCUGCAACGACACCAGUGCUGCUCUGCUGGUCUCACAUAUCGUCCAGUCUGAGAUCGGGGACUUUGAUGAGGUCCAGAGUUUUCAGCACCUUCUUCACAACAAGUACAUACCUGACCAGGACGCCCUGAUGGACAAGAUCACAGAGUACCACCACAAGCACGUAGGCCAGACGCCGGCGGAAUCAGACUAUCAGCUGUUGGAGAUCGCCCUGCGGUUGGAGAUGUACGGAGUCAGACUGCACCCUGCUAAGGACCGAGAGGGGAUCCAGCUCAGUCUGGCUGUGUCCCAUAUCGGGGUGCUGGUGUUUCAGGGACACACUAAGAUCAAUGCUUUUAACUGGUCGAAAGUCCGCAAGCUCAGCUUCAAGAGGAAACGUUUUUUCAUCAAACUCAGACCAGAUCUCAACCAGAGUGCGUACCAGGACACUCUGGAGUUUGGGAUGGCCAGUAGAGACUGCUGUAAGAUCUUCUGGAAAAUCUGUGUGGAGCACCAUGCCUUCUUCAGACUGAUGGAGGAACCCAAGCCUCAACCCAAAGCUGUUCUCUUCACCAGGGGGUCCUCAUUCAGGUUUAGCGGUCGGACACAGAAGCAGGUUUUUGAUUACGUCAAGGACGCAGAGUUCAAAAAGGUCCCUUUUGAAAGGAAACACAGUAAGAAGGUGUCCACCUGCAGCCUGGCACCCCAGGAUAGAAAGAGAUCCACAAUGCAGAAAGAGAGUGUCUCAGUGGACCAGACAGACUAUCCUCUCAGGCUGACCCUCCAGGCCCCGGUGGACGACCCUACAGUGAGCUCGGCCAGCCACACCAACGGCCAGCAGAUCCCAGGUGUGGUCUCAGGCAGCUCUGAUCUCUCUGACUGCCCCUUGGCCAGCCCUCCAGUGGUGGUCUCUGACUGCCCCUUGGCCAGCCCUCCAGUGGUGGUGAACGGGCAGAAAGACUUUCCCCUCGGCCCGGGUCAGAGCCCCAACGGACACCAGCCCUCGCCCAUCAACGCCCAUUCCUCCCCCCUCACAUCCCCCCUGCUCACCGACGGUGGCUACGUCCGCACGGAUGACGAGGACGAGAUUCGGAGGAAGAAGUUCCCGACUGACAAGGCCUACUUCAUCGCCAAGGAGCUUCUCACCACAGAGAGAACCUUCCAGAAGGACCUGGCGGUUAUUACCGUGUGGUUCCAGGCUGUGCUGAGUAAAGAGGAUGUCCUGCCAGACUCAGUGAGGACUCUGAUCAACACCAACUAUGAUCCAGUCUAUCAGUUCCACCAGUUCUUCCUGAAGGAGGUGGAGCAGAGGCUGCAGCAAUGGGAGGGGCGGUCCAACGCCCACAUUAAAGGAGACUACCAGCGUGUCGGUGACGUCAUGCUGAAGAACAUUCAGGGGUUAAAGCAGUUGACGUCCCUCCUGCAGCGUCACGGUGAGGUGUUGGUGGAGUUGGAGCGUUCGUGCCGUUCGUCCCAGCGGCUGGAGGAGGCGUGUCGGGAGUUUGAGCAGCAGAAGGUGUGUUACCUGCCCCUUAACGUGUUCCUGCUGCGCCCCCUGCAUCGCCUGCUGCACUACAAACUGAUUCUGGAGAGACUCUGCAAACACUACCCCCCCACACACCAAGACUUCAGAGACAGCAGAGCCGCCCUAGCUGAUAUAUCAGAGAUGGUACUGCAGCUUCAGGGAACCAUGAUGAAGAUGGAGAACUUCCAGAAGCUUCUAGAACUGAAGAAAGAUCUGACAGGCAUCCAGGACCUGGCUAUACCGGGCAGGGAGUUUAUCAGACUGGGAUGUCUCAGUAAACUCUCAGGGAAAGGACUACAGCAGAGGAUGUUCUUCCUGUUCAGUGAUUCGCUGGUGUACACAAGCAGAGGGAUGACCGCAGACAACCAGUUCAAGGUUCACGGCCAGCUGCCUCUCUACGGCAUGACAAUCAGGGAGAGUGAGGAUGACUGGGGAGUUCCUCAUUCCUUCACCCUGUUUGGUCAGCGCCAGUCUGUCGUCCUGGCAGCAAGCUGUGCAAUCAGAGAUGGUAAAUGGAUGGAGGACAUCAGGAUGGCUGUAGACCUGGCAGAGCAGAGUAACAGACCUACUGAUCUACUGAGCCAAUCAGACAGCAAGUCUCCAGAGGAGGGCGGCGGGGAGGCAGACCCAGAGGAGGAGCUGAGUGCGUCUCGUAGCUCAUUGGAGCGCCAGGCAGCACAGCGAGGAAACACUACGGUUCAUGUCUGCUGGCACCGCAACACCUCCGUGUCCAUGGUGGACUUUAGUGUGGCUGUGGAGAACCAGUUAUCAGGGAACCUGCUGAGGAAGUUUAAGAACAGUAAUGGAUGGCAGAAACUCUGGGUGGUCUUAACCAACUUCAGCCUGUUCUUCUACAAAUCACAUCAGGAUGACUACCCUCUGGCCAGCCUCCCGUUGCUAGGCUACUCGUUGACAGUUCCUGCGGAGACGGAGAACAUCCAGAAGGACUACGUUUUCAAGCUCCACUUCAAGUCUCAUGUGUACUACUUCAGGUCAGAGAGCCAGUACACCUUCCAGAGGUGGAUGGAGGUGAUCCGUAGUGUUACCUGUUCAGCUAGUCGACCCCACCUGACCCAGGGGAAGGAUUCUUACUGACCACGGAGCCAGUGAGGACCAGGAGGACCCUGAUCAAGCCUCUUCUAGACUCCUCCGUCCCCUCCUUUAGGCCUCUUCUUACCCCCUCUUCUAGACUCCUCCGUCCCCUCCUUUAGGCCUCUUCCUUCCCCCUCUUCUAGACUCCUCCGUCCCCUCCUUUAGGCCUCUUCCUUCACCCUCUUCUAGACUCCUCCGUCCCCUCCUUUAGGCCUCUUCCUUCACCCUCUUCUAGACUCCUCCGUCCCCUCCUUUAGGCCUCUUCCUUCACCCUCUUCUAGACUCCUCCGUCCCCUCCUUUAGGCCUCUUCCUUCCCCCUCUUCUAGACUCCUCCGUCCCCUCCUUUAGGCCUCUUCCUUCCCCCUCUUCUAGACUCCUCCGUCCCCUCCUUUAGGCCUCUUCUUUCCCCCUCUUCUUGACUCCUCCGUCCCCUCCUUUAGGCCUCUUCUUACCCCCUCUUCUAGACUCCUCCGUCCCCUCCUUUAGGCCUCUUCCUUCACCCCUCUUCUA